AUGCAAGGAGCCAGUGCGGCCGAGGAGGCAGGAGACCCGUUAUUCGCCAUAUCCGCCGAAAGUGUGGAGCGAAUAGACGAUCUUGUGAGUGGCAAUCAGACUCUGUCCGCCGCCGAUGCUGGAGGCUCUAUGCGUUUCGCUUCUUGCUUCAGCGGUCGACAGACUGUGGGCUGUUACUCGUGGAUUGCCCGCGACGAUGAGCACACGGUCGCGGCUCCAGGUCUGCCACCUGUCUUCUGCGAGAGCGCGAGCGUCUCGAAAGGCGGCUCGCUGAGGGGAAAGGUGAUCCGGAAAGGCAGCAAACUGGAGUUUUAUGACGAGAACGCGUUCCACGACCCAGAUCACCCUAUGGAGCAGCUUCUCUGCUCGCUGGACGCCUGCCAGACACGAUGGCUAAGUAGGUGUGAGGGCGUGGCGCUGCCAUGCCCUUGCACGCAUGUCUUGGGACCGCGAAGGCAGCGUGCCAAUCGGCUCGCGGCUCCAACGCAGCCCGAGGGUCAGGAACCCAACUCCGGCUUCCGAGGGCCGCAGGCGGUGACCUCUGCGGCAGAAGUCCGUGUCCAAGCCACGAAUACACGAGGUCUUUGUCUCUCGCAGUUCGAUUUCAUCACUGACAGGACGAACUUGAGGGUUUUUCUGCGUUUCCUUUUUCCGGGGCUCACACGCUAUUCUCGCGAGGCUAGCAUAGACCUCGAUGUUUACGGGAGCGUGUGCGUCUUAACACGAGUCUGCGCGGAGACGCGAGGGCCGGAUGUGGGGUAUGGACACAGUUUUGAACACUGCUGCUGCGACAGACAGACCAUUUCGUUUGGUGAAGAAAACGCUGUCGAAGACGACACGUAUGAAAUCCUGGAUCUCUCCUCGUUUCACCUGAUUCAGUCUUUCACUUUGUGCGACGCCGUCCGGCUGCUCGUUCGAACCGAGGUAGAUGCGUGUAUGCACCCUGCAGCACUCAGCAGUCCCAGGGACUCUGGCAAAUGUCCGGAAAACAGGUUCUUUGGCCGUUGCGGCGCGGCAGUGCCCAACCCUGAAUAUACGCCUCUGGCGCAGCAAGGUCCUACGCAGUAUUUGUGUCGGCAAGAGCCCAUCGGCUUGACUCCGUUCGAGAGGGCGUUGCUGAACCGAGACGAGAGGCUUCUUAUGGAGCUUAAAAGCGUGUCUGACCGGUAUGUCAGUGCGAUUCCUUGGAUAGACAUUUAUUUCCAAAUGCGAAUUGGAGAUGUUCACUCACUCGUCGUCGCGUCCCACUCAUGGGGGAAAAUCGGAAAAGUUGAGAAGCUGACGCUCUCCUCUGCAGCUGAGAGGGCUUUCGGGCAGACGCCGUGCCUGAAGGAGGGAGUCGCCAUGCCGGGAACUGAAGAGAUCACGUCUCAGGAUGUGAAGAAUCCCGAUGACCCCACCAUGAGUAAAGGCAAACAGGUGGAACCAGACUGUGCCGGUGAGGUGGUGUACUGGUCUCGGCUAGCGUCGCUGUUGUUACGCUUGAAAAUGCUUGCCCUUCAGCAUAGGGAUCAACGCGGAGUGGCUUUGCUCAAAGUUGAGCUAACCGCGGAUUCUUCCACGUUCUGUGUGUACCGCAGAAAGGGCUCCAGGCCCCGCCUCUCUGCUGACAUUGUUUCUCGUAUCAUGGCGUGUUCGGAGAACGGGAAGGCAUAG